UCGUGCCCCGCGCUGCCCGCGCCGGCGGCGGCCCCGCCCCAGCAUGGGGCUGAAGCCCUGGCAGAAGGCCCUGUUCCCGCUCCGCUCCGUGGCCGCCGUCGUUCGUCUCUUCGAGGCCGAGCUGCGCCAGCCCGAGCCCGACCUGGUGCUGCUCUCCUUGGUGCUGGGCUUCGUGGAGCAUUUCCUGGCCGUGAACCGGGUGCUGCCCACCAACGUGCCCGGCCUCACCUUCGAGUCGCGGCCGGGCCCGGACCCCCAGACCCGGCUGUACUUCCCGGUGGCCGAGCUGUCCAUCGUGGCCGCGCUCUACGCCCGCUUCACGGCGCAGAUCCGGGGCGCCGUGGACCUGUCGCUGUACCCCCGGCCCGAUGGCUGCUCCUCGCGGGAGCUGGUGAGGAAAGUGUCCGACGUGAUCUGGAACAGCCUCAGCCGCUCCUACUUCAAGGACAGGGCGCACAUCCAGUCGCUCUUCAGCUUCAUCACGGGUACCAAGCUGGACAGCUCGGGUGUGGCCUUUGCCGUGGUGGGCGCCUGCCAGGUGCUCGGGCUCCCUGACGUUCACCUGGCCCUGAGUGAGGACCACGCCUGGGUGGCCUUUGGGGCAGGGGGGUCCCAAACGGCCGAGGUGACCUGGCAUGGCAAGGGCAAUGAGGACAGGAGGGGACAGCCCGUGCAGGCCGGGGUGGCCGAGAGGAGCUGGCUGUACCUGAAGGGCUCCUACCUGCGCUGCACGCGGCACAUGGAGGUGGCGUUCAUGGUGUGCGCCAUCAACCCCUCCAUCGACGGCCACACCGACAGCCUGGAGCUGCUGCAGCUGCAGCAGCGCCUGCUGUGGCUGCUCUACGACAUGGGACACCUGGACAGGUACCCCAUGGCUCUGGGUAACCUGGCUGACCUGGAGGAGCUGGAGCCCACCCCGGGCAGACCCGACCCCCUGACCCUGUACCACCAGGGCAUCCACUCUGCCCGCACCCACUACAACAACGAGCACAUCUACCCCUACCUGUACCUGGCCGGCUUCCACUGCCGCAACAAGAACGUCAAGGAGGCGCUGCAGGCCUGGGCCGACACGGCCACCGUCAUCCAGGAUUACAAUUACUGCCGUGAGGAUGAGGAGAUCUACAAGGAAUUCUUUGACGUGGCCAAUGACGUCAUCCCCAACCUGCUCAAGGAGGCGGCGGCUGAGCCCCCCCCGGGGGCCGAGGGGGCCCCCGGGGGUCUCCCAGCCCUGCAGGACCCCGAGUGCUUCGCUCACCUGCUGCGCUUCUACGACGGCAUCUGCAGGUGGGAGGAGGGCAGCCCCACCCCGGUGCUGCACGUGGGCUGGGCCACCUUCCUCGUGCAGUCCCUGGGCCGCUUCGAUGGCCAGGUGCGCCAACAGGUGACCCUCCUCUCCGAAGACCCCACCCCACCCGAGACAGAUCUGGGGGGUCCCGAAGACCCCCGCGAUUGCCGCCGCCGGGGUCCCCGCCGCGAAUCCAAACCCGAGGAGCCCCCGACCCCCAAGAAAGCCUCGGAGCGCCGCCCCCCCCCUGCCCGCGCCCCCCGCCCCGAGGAGCCCCCGCCGCCCCCUCCCCCCGGCCCCGCCCCUCCCCCUGCCCAGGCCCCGCCCCCCGCCCCUCCUGCGGCCCCGCCCACCCCCGCGGCCCCGCCCCCGGCCCCGCCCACCCCCGCGGCCCCGCCCUCGGGCCCGGUGCUGCGGUUCCGCUCGCAGAAGAUGCGGGGGAUGAAGGAGCUGCUGAGGGCGGCCAAGGUGAACUCGAGCGCCAUCAAACUGCAGCUCACGGCGCAGAGCCAGGUGCAGCCGCGGCGGCCCCGAGCGCCGCCCGGGGCGUACCCGCUGCCCUUCCUCAAGAGACCACGGAAAGGGUCAUAGGGACCCCCAAAAAUCCCCAAAAUCCCCCGCCCAGGGCGUACCCGCUGCCCUUCCUAAGGAGGCCACGGAAACGGUCCUAGGGAACCCCAAAAAUGGUCCUGGGAGCCCCCAAAAUCCCCUGCCCAGGGCGUACCCGCUGCCUUUCCUAAAGAGACCCCGAAAGGGAUCGUAGGGAACCCCAAAAAUCCUAAAAAAGGGUCCUAGCGGACCCCAAAAACCCUAAAAUCACCCGCCCGGGGCAUCCCCGCUGCCCUUCCUCAAGAGACCACAGAAAGGGUCCUAGGGAACCCCAAAAAAACCCCAAAAAUGGUCCUAGGGAUCCCCAAAAAUGGUCUUAGGGAACUCCUAAAAUCCCAGAGAGAUGCAGAACCCCCCUGUCCUUCCUCAAGAGACCCCGAAAGGGAUCCUAGGGAACCCCAAAAACCCCCAAAAAAGUGGUCCUAGGGAACCCCAAAAUCCCUAAAAUCCCCCACCCGGGGCGUACCCACUGCCUUACCUAAAGAGACCACAGAAAGGGUCCUAGGGAACCACAAAAAUCGCAAAGAGACCCUAAAAAGGGUCCUAGGGAGCCCCAAAACCCCCAAAAUUCCAGCCUGGAGCUGUCCUGGGUGAAGCCACCCAAACCCUUUCUCAACAGGUUCCAGAAAAAUUCUGUCCCCAAAAUGGGGUUGGAAUUUGUGGAGGAAUUUGGGGCAGAAUUUUUGGAGGAAUUUUUUUAGGAAUUUAUGGAGGAGGGGCUGAAGGGUACAACGGGCUGGGAAUGGAAUAUUUGGUUGGGUUUGGAUUUGGGGGUGCAGGAGCUUUAAAGGUGGAUUUGUGGAGCAGAGGGAGGUUCAGGCUGAGCAUUUUUGGGGGGCACAGCUCAGUUUUGGGGUGCACAACACGAGGCCUUUGGGGGGUCCCGGAUUUGGGGGAACCGGGAGGGGAUUCCAAGAGCCCGGGUGAGGAGGAGACCAUGGAAUAAUUGAUAAUAAAAUCAAAUAAAAGU